CCCAGGCUGAGCGUGGCCUGGGGCCAAGGGCGUCUAGAGCGGAGGGUGAUGGGAGCUGCCUGUGCGGUAGGAAACACUUUUUAGGCGCUUGUUUUGUACUAUCGCUGGAACCCACCGCUGCAGCACCCCCAAUUUCACAACCAGCGUGAGUCAGCUGGGUCGGCUGCGGGACCGCGAGGGGAAGAUUGCAUUUGGGUAUUGGCAGCCACCCAUUUGCCCGCCAAUGAAGUAUAUCCUGGUUACUGGUGGGGUCAUCUCAGGCAUUGGUAAAGGGAUCAUCGCCAGCAGUAUUGGGACCAUUCUCAAGUCAUGUGGACUCCGAGUUACUGCCAUCAAAAUCGACCCCUAUAUUAACAUCGAUGCUGGGACUUUCUCACCUUAUGAACAUGGUGAAGUGUUUGUUUUAAAUGAUGGUGGAGAAGUUGAUUUGGACCUGGGAAAUUAUGAAAGAUUCUUGGACAUUAAUCUUUAUAAGGACAACAACAUCACCACUGGGAAGAUAUAUCAGCAUGUGAUUAAUAAGGAGAGGCGUGGUGAUUUCCUGGGGGAGACUGUUCAAGUUGUCCCCCAUAUUACUGAUGCUAUCCAGGAGUGGGUCAUGAAUCAAGCCAAGGUGUCCGUGGAUAGUAAUAAGGAAGAUCCCCAGAUAUGCGUUAUUGAGCUGGGAGGCACUGUUGGAGACAUUGAAGGAAUGGCAUUUGUGGAAGCAUUCCGACAAUUCCAGUUCAAAGCCAAAAAGGAAAAUUUCUGUAAUAUUCAUGUCAGCCUUGUACCACAGCCCUGUGCUACUGGAGAACAAAAAACCAAACCCACACAAAACAGUGUCCGUUCGCUGAGGGGGUUGGGCUUGUCUCCAGAUCUGAUUGUCUGCCGUAGUUCAAAACCUAUUGAGAUGUCUGUGAAGGAGAAGAUUUCUAUGUUUUGUCAUGUGAGCCCUGAGCAGGUUGUCUGUAUCCAUGAUGUUUCUUCCAUCUACCGAGUGCCUCUUCUUUUGGAGGAGCAAGGUGUGGUUAAAUAUUUUAAAGAGAGGUUGGACCUGCCCAUCAGUGACUGUUCAAGUAAUUUGCUUUACAAGUGGAAAGCCAUGACUGACAGGUAUGAAAAACUGCAGAAAAUAUGCUCCAUCGCCCUGGUUGGUAAAUACACCAAACUCAGGGACUGCUAUGCCUCUGUGUUCAAAGCAUUGGAACACUCAGCCUUGGCCAUCAAUUACAAGUUGAAUCUGAUGUACAUAGACUCUAUUGAUCUGGAGCCAGUCAUGAAAGCUGAGGACCCUGUGAAGUUCCAUGAAGCUUGGCAGAAGCUAUGCUUAGCUGAUGGCAUUCUUGUGCCUGGAGGCUUUGGACUCCGAGGAACAGUGGGAAAACUCCAGGCAAUUUCUUGGGCAAGGACAAAGAAGAUUCCAUUUCUGGGAAUUUGCCUUGGGAUGCAGCUGGCAGUGAUUGAGUUUGCAAGAAACUGCCUGAAUUUGGAAGAUGCUAAUUCUACAGAGUUCGAGCCAAACACUCCAGUUCCAUUGGUAAUCGACAUGCCUGAACACAACCCUGGUGACUUGGGAGGAACAAUGAGACUGGGAUUACGACGAACUGUUUUCACAACUGAAAAUUCCGUCCUGAGGAAGCUUUAUGGUGACGUUCCUUAUAUAGAAGAAAGACACAGACAUCGGUAUGAGGUAAACCCUAACAUGAUCAACCGAUUUGAGGAGAAAGAUCUUUGCUUUGUUGGUCAGGAUGUAGAUGGGAAGAGGAUGGAAAUUAUUGAAUUGACAAGUCAUCCAUAUUUCGUUGGUGUCCAGUUCCAUCCUGAGUUUUCGUCUAGGCCAAUGAAGCCUUCCCCUCCAUACCUGGGGCUCUUACUUGCAGCAACCGGCAAUCUGAAUACCCACCUCCAACAGAUGAGCAGACUGUCGUACAGUGAUGCCUACAGUGAUGUCAGCGAUGACAGCUUCUCAGAGGCAAAGCUAGCUGAACUGGAAAUCAACUGAAGCUCUUUUUGCCUCAGGAAUGACAGGGGCCACCUGAAAGCCUCUGAAGUAAUUAUACUUAAGAUGAAAGAAUUAUCUGAAGAAACCACCACUCUGUUCCCUAGACACGGGCUAUGAAGAUUCAAAGGGAAUCGGAAAAUGUUUACUUCAUGAAACAGAACCAAAGGGAUUCUUUUCUUUUCCCUCUAGAGGCAGCCUGUAGCACUCAUGCAUUUCUGUACUUAAUUAAACGUUAUUCAGCAGCAAUCCUGGGGGCAGAAAGUGUUUUUGUGUCUUGUCCGGAACAUAGUUAAGUCAAAGUGGUGAGCAAGAACCAGGGGAGCUUUGCCUUCCCAAUAUGGUAUGGGGAAGGUGGCAGACAUGUGCUAUAACCAAUUUUGCGUUUAAAAAUGAGUUAUUCUUUUAGCUGGAUAUGAAGUAUAUGUUAAUGUGGGAGUUAAGAUGACUUCAGUUUCUCAUUCUGUUUAUUUCCAGUUAAAAGUGAAAUUUUGGGCUAGAGAUGGCUCAGUAGAAUGCUUGCUGUUUUUCCAGAGGAUCCGGGUUCAAUUCCCAGCACCCACAUGGCAGCUCACAACUGCCUGUAAUUCCAAGAUUUGACACCCUCUCACAAAUAUGCAUGCAGGCAAAACACCAAUGCAUAUAAAAUAAAAAUAAAAUUUUUAAAAAGUGAAAUUUAGCAGGUGCAAGACAUGGGGCUGUAAGUAAGUCUGUUUUCUCAGAUACAAAAUGUAAAGGAGAGCUGAAAACUCGGGAAUCAGGGUAAGUUGAGUCGAGUUCCUUCUCUUCAGCCCACAUAGUGGAAGAAGCAAAUCAGCUCCCACAAGUUGUCUUCUGACCCCUGCGUCACACACAUACACACCAAUUGUUUUUAAUUUUAAAAUUUAAUAAUCCUUUUAUUUUUAAUUAAAAUGAAUUUUUAUUAUUCUUUUGACAACCUUCUACAUGUACAGAAUGAAGUUUGGUCAUUUUCUCCCUUUAACACCCUCUCCCCUCGCAUUCUUACUGAAAGCCUUCUUCUCAACAAGUUCCCCUCAUGUCUUUUUGCUGUUUCAGUUUUUUGUGACUAUUGUCCUUUUCUUUUUGAGAUAACACUGUGUAGCUUAAUAUAGUCUUGAACUCACUGUGAUCCUCUGGCCUCAGCCUCCCAAGUGUUAGGAUUUUAGGUAUGAGAUACUAUGCCCUGCAUCAGCAAUUUUUUUUUUUUUUUGAGACAAGGUUUGUCUACAUAGCCCUGGCUGUCCUGAAACUCACUUUGUAGACCCGGCUGGCCUCAAACUCACAACUGCCUUUGCCUCUCGAGUGCUGGGCUUAAAGCUGUGCCCAAACAUGCUUGGCUAGCAUUUUUAUAGCAAAAAUAACUAUUUUAAAGUGGAUUGUACAGUAGCAUUCACUGAGACUGUACAACUCUCAGUUUAAUAUAGCGACUCCAGAAUUAACCCCUGUUCUUGUUAGUAGUAACUCCUCAUUCCCUAGCAACUGUUAGAUCCAGAUUGAUCGAGGGAACGUGGGAAUAAAAGAAAGUGCAGACCAACAUCUACAUGAGCAGAAUUAUUCUUUAACCAGAGCAACUGAAAGACAUCAGUCUCUCCUUGGACUGUGUGUGCAUGUGGUACAGAAAAGAGGACUUUGGGGAUGGCAGAUUCCAUCUGCAGAACAGUGCCCUGAAGGCUCAAGUGGUAGAUAGCAGGCUGGUAUGCUCAUCCUCCUAUUAGAAAAGUCCUGGGUCCUGACGACCAUAUGCUUUACCAGUCAAGUCAACUUUUCAGCCUAGACUUUCGCAGCCCACCUGAAGCUUUUGUUCUGAUUUUUGUCUUUAGCCCUUCAGCAGCUACCAGUCAUUUUGUAUAGAUUUUAUUACUCUAGUAGUUCGUACAAGUGAAACCGUAUGGCGCGUGUGAUCUUUUGUAUCUGGUUUCUUUCACUGACCUUAAUCUUGUCAAGGCUUACCCAAAUGGUCGCAUUCCUCCUUAUAGCUCAAUAAAAUUCUGUUGUCUAUGUUCA